ACCAUCUUCACGCAUGCGCAUUUAUAGCGGAAGUUCAUUUCGCAAAAAGAAAAAACAAACCUCUGUAUUUAAUAGACUUAAAAGUACGUAAUUGAAUUGAUAAAGUCAAGAUCCCGAUGGCACUAUUAGCGGAAAAGCAUAAAGAGUGGGUUUUGGAGAUAAUCGAUUUAUUAAGACAGAGAAAAGCUCGCCCUGACUUCGAGCGUAUAAGUCGCAUGAUUGAACGUUUGCACGGCCUGAAUUCAAAGGAAACUAUUGAAAGUUUAGAUGCCUUAGUAAACGACGAAAAAAUACUUAAAGUACACUUUAAAAAUAAUAUAAGCUAUAGGAGGGCUGGGCCUUCAUUUGGAAAUCGCGCGAAUAAGUCCAACGAACCUGCCAUUAAUACUACAAGUUACAGAAUUACCCAGGCAAUUAAAACAAUAACGAAACAAACGGGGGAUGGUGUGACAUUUUCAGAAUUGGAGCAUUGGCUCAUUUCUAAAAACCCAGAAACAAGGCUUGUCAAGCUAAGGCUUCAUACUGCCUUGUUAAGGGAAAUCGAGGCAAAUAGAGUGACAAAACUCUCUGAUAACUGCUAUGUAUUAACAGACAGUCUUCCAAGUGCAGAAAAGGCAAAAGAGUUGCAACCAAAUGCUUCACCCAGAACAAGUAAAAAUACACCUAAAGCAUUAAAGCAGACUGCUCUUAAUGACCAAAUUGAAAGUCAGACACUUAAAAUUGAACAGGAUGAUGCGUCUUAUGACAAUGAUGAACCAAAGCGCGGACGCCCAUUAUCAAAAAGAAAGAAGAUAAAGAAGUCACAUGGACCUGACUUUGAGGACACGCUGAAAGUUAAAAAGCCAAGUGCUAGAGACGGCUCAAAAAAUGGUGAAAUUACAUGUGAUUUUUGUUCCUGCACUGCUCAAUCUAAUCGUGAAGGAAAACAAGAGCCUUUACUUACAUGUAAAGACUGUAGUGCUAAAGUGCACCCAUCAUGUAUGGAUUACAGUGAAGAGCUGGCAGAAAGGGCCCUGAACUCUCCCUGGCAGUGUAUGGACUGUAAAACUUGCUGUAUUUGUGAUGGCUCAGAAAAUGAUGAUUUAAUUUUGUUUUGUGAUGCUUGCGAUAAAGGCUUCCAUAUGACCUGUCACACACCAGCUGUCACUAAUAAACCUAAAGGAAGUUGGGUAUGUACUCCUUGUAAACGAAGAUUGGCUAAAGAUGGGAGUGACAAAAAUACUCCAAAAUAUGUACAAAAGAAAGAUGAAACAAAAUCAGAGGCUACAAGUGAUGGUUCUGUUAAAGAGGAGGAUUCUGCUGCAAGAAAAGGUAACAAAAGAAAGCUCAGCGAGACGCCCUCGUUAACAAAACCAAAACGACAGAAGUUAAACUCAUUCUCUAGUGAUAAGUCUGUCUCAAAUAUUGAUAAUGAUAGAAAUGUCGGCGCCUCAAGUUUACCCACCCCUGAUGCCACACCCACAGCUUCGCCAAGACCCAGUGACACAUUUGAUUAUGAAAUGAAAAUGUCUCUGCUCGGACAAGGUGUUACCAUUACCGAGGAUAGGACAACUUACACUGAUGCGUCUAAUUGGAGUGUGGAUGAAGUCGUUAAAUUUUUUGACGAAAACGGAUUUAAGGAACAGUCUAAAAUAUUCCAAGAUCAGGAGAUAGAUGGACCAUCUUUACUGUUGAUGAGAAGAGAAGACGUCUUGUCGGCGCUGGGUAUAAAACUGGGCCCGGCUUUAAAAAUCUACGUGAAAAUUAAGAAAAUUCAGCAUUACAGUCAAGGCACGACUGCUUCAUGACAUGAGUCAUGGCAACUUUAUUUUGUGAUACAUGAUGCAUUAAAAUAGAUUGUAAUGUUUAUUUUUGCUUAGAAACAGCUUGUUUUGUGCUCUAUUCAAAAGUUGAUCAGGUUAAUCAACGUCCGAUGGAGAAUCAGAUGGUCUUUCAGUUCACUGACUCAGAUGUGUAGUAUAUUUUCAUUUCAUUGGCUCAUAUGUGCAGUAAAUGUGUAUUUCACUGACUUGGUUGUGUAGUAAAUAUACAUUUUACUUACUCAGAUCUGUAGUAAAUGUGCAUUUCACCAGAGACAUAGAUAACGCUAUCUAUGUCUCUGAUUUCACCAACAAGGAUGUGUAGUAAAUGUACAUAUGUACAUUAACACUUACUAAGAUGGUAGUAAAUAAACAUUUAACUGAAUCAGAUAUUUGGUUAAUGUGCAUUUCACUGACUCAAAAGUUAGUUGAUGUAUAUUUCACUUACUCAGAUGUUAGUUAAUGUAAAUAUAACCAACUCUGAUGUGUAGUAAAUGUGCAGUUUACCAACUCAGAUGUGUAUUUCAAAUUUGUAGUAAAACUACAUUUCACUGACUCAGAUGUGUAGCAUAUUUACAUAGAAUAUUAAAUUUCAAUGGCUCAAAUAUGAAAUUUAUACAGAUUUCAAUGGCUUUGAUAUGUCAAAAAUAUUAACAUAUCAUUGACUUAGAUGUAUAGUAUAUAUGUUUUACUGAUUCAGACAUGUGAAGUACAUGUAUAUUUUUGUUUACACUUACUCAGAUGUG